AUGCAGAGGCGCAGCUGGUGUAAUGGUGAGCUAAACGAAACAAGAAAUCAACAGAGCAGGUUCAAUUUCAUUCUAACAAUAUCUAUCUAUCUAUCUAUCUAUCUAUAUAUAUAUGCUUCUCUGUUCAUAUGUGUCUAUCUAUCUAUCUAUCUAUCUAUCUAUCUAUCUAAUUCAUCUUUUCAUAUCUCUCUCUCUCUUCAUAUCUAUCUAUCUAUCUAUCUAUCUAUCUAUCUAUCUAUCUAUCUAUCUAUCUAUCUAUCUCUGCUUCUCUGUUUGUUCAUAUCUGUCUAUUUAUCUAUCUAUCUAUCUAAUUCAUCUUUUCAUAUCCCUCUCUCUCUUCAUCUAUCUAUCUAUCUAUCUAUCUAUCUAUCUAUCUAUCUAUCUAUCUAUCUAUCUAUCUAUCUAUCUAUUUCAGUCUUUUCAUAUCUAUCUAUCUAUCUAUCCCUGCGUACUAAAAUUCUGUUAAAUCCAUUCUUGUCAAAUCAUAGUGUAGAAGUUCGAAGUCAUAGUCGAGAUCCAGUCGCUUUCGCCGAACGUUAUCCUCAAAGAGUUAAAAACGCUACAGUCGAAAUCUCGAUUGACGGUCUGGGCCUGAUGACUAAUCCAAUACUCCGCGAUCCACAGAUCCGGUCGCUUUCGCUGAAUGUCCUCUAUCGAAGGCCUCAAAACGCUACAGUCGAACACUCGAUUGAUGGUCUGGGAUUGAUGACUAAUCCAAUACUCCGUGAUCCACAAAUCCGGUCGCUUUCGCAGAAUGUCCUUCAUCAAAGGCCUCAAAACGCUGCACUCGAAAUCUCGAUUGACGACCUUGUCCUGAAAACGAGUCCAAUUCUUCGCACGCCACAAAUCCAGUCUCUUUCGCCGAACGUCCUCCAUGAAAGGCCUCUAAACGCUGCGGUCGAACUCUCGAUUGAUGGUCUGGCCCUGAUGACUAAUCCAAUACUACGCGAUCCACAGAUGCAGUCGCUUUCGCCGAACCUCCUAUCUCAAAGGCCUCAAAACGCUGCAGUCGAACUCUGGAUCGAUACUCUCUCUCUCUUCUCGUGCAACUGUAUCUUGCCAUCGGUUGGUAUUACAGAUCUAGUUAGGAACCUUUUUGAUAGCACCUCGUACAUGACUGGUAAUACAGUAUUUCUCUCGUUCUAA